AUGAGCACAGCUGUAUCGCCCUCCGAGAGAUCCUAUAUCAUCACCGGUCUCGCUCACCCUACACAUCCAACACGGCUCGACGGACGAGGUCUGCAUCAGAGCCGACCGAUCUUUAUCUCGUACGGAGAUGCACCGCAGGCGAGCGGGAGUGCUCGUGUCACAUUAGGCGGGACGGAGGUUCUGGCUGGAAUCAGGCUGGAAGUCAGCGAGCAAGGAGAGAGCUCAAGAUGUCGGGUGGAGGUAGACGUAACGCCGCAGGCAUACCCAACGCUCGCUCCAUCAGCGCUGACAGCAAUGUCAACGCAGCUCUCCAGCGUGGUCUCAGACCACUUUGUCCCAUCAAUACCGUCAUUACCGAUUGUUCCGCAGAUAAAAUACUUUGUCCCUCAUCUCCACCUCACCCUCCUCUCCAACUCCGGAAACGUACUCACGACUCUUAUCCUCGCUGCCCGAGCGGCAUUUCACGAUCUGCGGGUACCGAAAACAAAAGUCAUCUCGUCCGGCGCCGCAGAUGAUGUGGACGAGCAGAAGGAUCUGAGUGGGAUCAAGGCGGCAGUCAGGGCUGGACGGUCCGGAGGACGGGGCAAGGGAAGGGGGACGAGCGGAGUGGAGUGGGAACUGGACCUGGAGGGAGACGGAACCAUGCCAAUGCCGGGGAGGGAGACGUUGCCGGUCUUGGUCACGCUGAAUCUUAUACCGGACAGCACGACUGUCUUCCUCGACGCGGGGCUUCAGGAGGAGACCGCAUGUCCAGAUCGACUGCAUGUCUUCUUCGAUGCGGGUGGCAAGGUGUGCGGGAUGCGGAUGGAGGGGGAGGCAGGCCUGGAUGUGGACAGGAUACGGCCUUUAUUGAAGGAGGCCCAGGGCGUUUCGGUCGAACUAUUUGCCAGCUUGAGCCAGAUCGCAACAUCCUGA